AUGGUCAGAUUCCUUGAGCUCAUGCAGCGCCAUGACUAUAUCUCGGAGUUUGAAGAGGUCGAUGGCCACCGUGGCGGCAAAAUUGUCGUCCAACUCAAUGGCCGGUUCGUAAUCGCCAUCCCCUUACAGUCUUAUGAAUCGUCAAUCGCUGAGACCUUCUAUUUUAGACUAAACAAGUGCGGCGUCAUCAGUCCUCGUUUCAACGUGGCUAUGGGUGACCUGGAGAAGUGGGUUGUUCGACUUCUCCCUACCCGCCAGUUCGGCCAUAUCGUACUCACCACUUCCGCGGGCAUCAUGGAUCAUGACCAGGCUCGUCGAAAGCAUUUCUCGGGCGAGAUCCUGGGCUACUUCUACUAG